AUUGGCUCGCCUCGCCUCGACUGACAGCAAGCUACCAAACCACCACCAGUCGGUGCUUUGUUUACAGGGGAGCAGCGGGCAACAGCAAACAUUCAAGCAGCGGACACGUUCUUCUUCUCGUUGGAGGCGCGAGUUUGUGUGAAGAUCAAGGUCACUAGAAAUCUACAAUGGGGGUCAUGUUCUCGUGCCCUGCUGAUGACUAUGACCCCAUGGAGGAAGGCGCCCUCGCGCCGGCGGACGGCGGCGAGCCGACGGUCCUCAGGGCCUUGGGCUCCGGGAAGCUGCUCAUACAGGGCUCGCUCAGCUUCAAGAGGGAGCAGCAGCGGGACGACAGCCCGGGCUCUCUCCAGCUGGAGACCGAGAUCUCCAUCAGGACAGCCGGCGACAUUGCCGGCGCCGAGGCCGAGGCCGAAGCGCCGCCGCCGCUUGUGCCGAGGGAGGUUGCCAGGCUGAGGGCGGGGGCGGAGAGCCCGAGGCACGAUGCUGCGGCGCUGAGGCUGCAGAAGGUGUACAAGAGCUUCCGCACGCGGCGGCAGCUGGCCGACUGCGCCGUGCUGGUGGAGCAGAGCUGGUGGAAGCUGCUGGACUUCGCGCUCCUCAACCGGAGCUCCGUCUCCUUCUUCGACAUCGAGAAGCAGGAGACGGCCGUGUCCAAGUGGUCCAGGGCCAGAUCCCGAGCGGCCAAGGUUGGAAAGGGGCUGUCCAAGGAUGAUAAGGCGCAGAAACUCGCAUUGCAGCAUUGGCUCGAGGCGAUUGACCCUCGCCACCGCUACGGCCACAACCUGCACUACUACUAUGAUUGCUGGCUCCACAGCGAAAGCAAGCAGCCUUUCUUCUACUGGCUUGAUGUUGGAGAAGGCAAAGAGAUCAACCUUGAAGGCAAGUGCUCCCGAUUCAAGCUUCUGAGCCAGUGCAUCAAGUACCUCGGUCCGAAGGAAAGAGAGGACUAUGAGGUCGUGAUUGAGGACAGCAAGUUCUUGUACAAGAAGAAUCGGCAAAUAAUCGACACGUCCUUCGGUCCGAGAGAUGCAAAGUGGAUCUUUGUCCUUAGCACAACUAAGACCUUGUAUGUUGGUCAGAAGAAGAAAGGUAAAUUUCAGCAUUCUAGCUUUCUUGCCGGGGGAGCUACUUCUGCUGCUGGGAGGCUGGUUGCUGAAAAUGGAACCCUCAAGGCAAUUUGGCCUCACAGUGGUCACUACCGCCCCACAGAGGAGAACUUCCAGGAGUUCAAAAGCUUCCUCAAUGACAACUUGGUUGAUCUCACUGAUGUUAAGAUGAGCCCAGCAGAGGAGGAUGAGGAAUUCUGGGGUAGCCUCAAGAGGAUCGCUUCGGAGAACGACAAAUCUGAAGAUGGCCCUGAAGAAACCGGCUCUCUUCAGACAGCUCAAGUCAUUCAAACAACAUCUACGGAGACGGAAGAACGCGAGGAGCCAGUGGUGGCCCGCGAGAAGAUCCUUCAGAGGAUCAACUCCAAGAAGGACAUGAAAUCGUACCAGCUCGGCAAGCAGCUGUCCUUCAAGUGGACGACCGGGGCAGGCCCUCGGAUCGGGUGCGUGCGCGACUACCCUUCGGAGCUCCAAGCGCACGCGCUGGAGCAGAUGAACCUGUCGCCGCGGUGCGACGCCGGGUCCGCGUCCACUCGGUUCGCCUCGCCGCUGAGGCGGAGCUUCAACAGCAUUGUGGCAAGGGGGUGCGAGAACGAGACGUCCACGCCGAGAGGAGCGUUGCGGUCACCUCUGCAGCAUGGACUGGUUGCAGAUGAGAGGUGAAAUGAGCACACUUGCAGUUAAAGUGCAGCUACCUGAAGCGUCCCCAAUCAACUGGAAAUGCUGAAGUGCAUGCAGAUGUGUGUGGUAGGAAAAAUAAAGCAACAUACUGCCUGCGUAGAUUUAGGUACUGUAGUUUAGUCCGGAUGAUAUGCAUAUGCAUUGUUUGGUUGACCUAUAUGAAAAUUCUUUCAUUCUUUUAUCAUUGAUGAGAACAGUGACUCAAUGACAAAAUAAGCAUAUGUGUUCCCCUCA